GACUCACGGAGUAUGGUGCUGAGAGUGCAGCAGCUGAAAGAUCGCCUGGGUCAUACUCAGGAUCCUAAAAAGAUUUCAAAAGCUCUGAAAAACUUGCAAGAACUUGAUAUCUCCCUGGAUAUUCUUGUGGAAACUGGAAUAGGGAAAACUGUGAACAGUUUUCGAAAACACUACGAUGUGGGAGAUAUUGCAAGAGGAAUUGUUCUUCAAUGGAAGAAGCUUGUACCGGAUGUUAAAGAACUCCAAGUUGACCAGAAGCCGAAACACAAACACGAUAAAGAGGUUUCAGAAGAAAAAAAGAUAAAUCAUCCCGCAUCAAAAGAAAAGAAUGUAUGUGCAGAAAAAAAAUCUCUGCCUGCGGAAGUUGGCAAACACUCAGAGUCCUGUAAAAUAUCGGAGAAUAAAAAGACCCCACAACCUAAAGAGAAAUUGGAGAAAAGUUCCAGUAGCAAAAGGCACAACUCUGAAAAAUUGAAGGAUCAAUCUCACUCCAAAGAAAAGAACUCCAAACACUCUUCUAGAGAUAAAUUGGAAAAUAAUUCAUCCUCUUCCAACCAUGCAACAAAAAAGAAAACUUCGCCAAAUGAUGAUGGUAAAGAAUGUGACAAGAACAGUGUGAAACCUAAAAGCCAUGUAAAUGAGCAUCAUGUUAAGGAGGGCUCUGGAAUUCAACCUGAUGCCAAGCCUAACAAUGAAGAUGAGUUUGAUGUACCUACGAUGUCCUUCGAAUCGUAUCUUAAUUAUGAUCAAGUGUCAACUAAACGGAAAAAGAAAAGCUGUCUAAGUGAGCCACCUAAAAAGGUUCAAAUUUGCAAGCAGUACUGUAAUGCAGCUUCGCUGAAGAGUGAAACAUCACCUAAUCUAGAUAACCCUACAAGUACAGAAACUAAAAUGGAGGUAGAUGAAGAUACUCCAAAGGAGGUCAAGGUUGGGUCUCUAGCAGACUUGCUGAACAUACCACUACCUAAGUUUUUGCCGGAUUAUACUAUAAUGCCUUCACCACCGCAUAUUACUGAUAAUAAAGCAAACAUUAUUGAAGGACUGCCUGACCCAGGAAGUGAAUCAAGUGGCUUUACUGGCCGCAGAUUAAAUUCAAAGAUGCUGGUUUACUCUGGUUCUAAAACGAUUUAUCUCCCAAAGAUGCUUACAUUAUAUGCGCAAUGUAUACGCGUCCUCCAAAAUAAUAUUGACUCCAUUCAAGAGGUUGGAGGUGUACCAUUUGGAAUCCUUAUGCCUGUUCUUGAGCGCUGUACUCCAGAACAGCUAAGCCACAUCGAAGAAUGUAAUCCGACCUUUAUUGAGGAUUCUGGACACUUGUGGAAGAAGCACUGUCAACGGGACUUUAAAGGCCAUGAACUGCUGGAGUAUGAGUCAUGGCGUGAGAUGUAUAUUAGACUCUUCACUGAAAGAGAAGAAAAAUUAAGGUUGAUCACUCAAAAUAUUAGCUCUGCUCAUUCUGGAAAACCAAAAGGUCGACAGGUAAAACUUGCUUAUAUUCAUAGUGCAGCAAAACCUCCACGGUACAUUCGUCGUAAGCAAGAGAUCAAUGGGACAGCUGGACCGAUUAUACAGCCUCAUCCAAUGGAUAAGUUCAAGGUACAAAAAAAUGAAAACAAGGACAGAACAAUUCCAGUAAAUAUUCAAACUUCAUCAACAACUGCCUGUGUGAUUCAUAGUAAUAUUCCCUCAUCUGGACCAAGUCAAGAUCCCAAAAAAGUUGUGAAAAGAAUUGCACCAAUGAUGGCAAAAUCAAUGCGCGCUUUCAGAAACAGAGUUGGACCAAGAUAA